UUUAUUUUUGCUGAUUUCUUAAAAAAUCAUCAAGGCACUUGGAUGUUUUUCAUUUGUAUUCAUCAAAAUAUUACAAAAUGAGUGUAUUCACGACAUAACUUAAUUCUCAUAAAUAUAUUUAUUGUUUGCAGGUCUACGAUUGGUUAGAGAAACACCAGGUAUAUUUCGACAAUCAAGGAUUUACUGACGAUGAUUACAAAAUAAUGCAUUCUGCUGAGCAAGCGAGAAGAGAAGCAAAAGAGAAGAGAAGAAGGUUCUUGAAAGAUAGGAUAGCAUCCAUAUUUUAUGAACCAAAAUUCUUUAAGAAAGAACUAGUACUUUCUGAGGAAGAUUCAGAGUCCGAAGAAGAUUCAGAAUACUCUGACGAGUCAGACUCUUUUGAAGAAGAGAUAGAGUUUUCUUCACCAAAUACGGGAUCUACUGAAGAAGAGACAAAGUUUUUUGAAGAAGAAAAUCAGCCGCUUCAUUUAGAUCCCGAAGGUGAACUACAAGAAACCCUAUAUUUUGAAGAAGAGGCUCCGUACUUUGGAGAAGAUGAAGCUACAGCGGGACAACAACCUGAAUAUAUGUGUCAACCACACUACCAACCGCUAUGGCAACCACAACAGACCAUAUAUUACAUGGAUCCAGUGGACUACUAUGGACAGACCACAUACUACACGCCAAAGCCUCCUUAUUACGCACCGGUACCCUUGUAUUACGGGCCAGCUGGGUUCCAGAGUGGAGUAAUGCCAGGGUACAAUAGCUAUAACCAACAUGUGCAAUACGAGUAAGGACAAUCACUGGAUUGUCCUAUAUACAUUUUAUUACUAUAAAAUCUUAUAUAUUAGUUUUGAAUAAAGUGUUAUUUAAACAAAAAAAUUGUUUUGUUAACUUGAAUUUUUCAAUAAGUCUAUUACUGGACAGUAAAUUUUUUUACUGUAUGACCUCAAAAUUCAAUAAAUUGUAUAUAAAUAAAAAACACACUUUUUUACUUCUUUAUAUUUUCCUGGAAAAGACUAAUCUAAUAAUCAAAAUUGUAUGCGACAAGAAAAAAAUUAAAAUAGUCGACUAUUAAUUUAUCUAACUCGGACGUCGCAACCCUAUCGUUGUGUAGAUUUAAGUAUCGUGAGGUUUUUAAAACGUUUACACGCCACGCAAGUCGGAAUAAAAUCAGCACUAUUACCGAAGGUAGGUGUUUUAACAGUGCAAUGUUUCCUUAUGCGACCGAACUGCUGACACAAAUGACACUUGACUACUUCGACAUUAUGUAUGAAAUGGCGGGUGGCCCAUUCGUAGACACGAAAUGUUUGCGAAUAUUACUAUAUUAUAUUUCAAUGCCAUUUGCGACCGUUUUGUAAUGCCGGUGUAUAAUUUUACACGAUAAGCCUGUUUAAGAAAUUCUCUCGUAACAAAUGUUUACAAUAUGUUUUGGAGGCUGAGUCACCCUCGUCCAUAGAAGAGCACCCAUAAAAAUGAACCCCUACACGUGGCCUCUGGGUGGUGCUAACCAGGUGACAAUCUGAUGAUAGGCUUCGGCCGACGGCAUUAUGACCACCCACCAAGCAAAACCGUGUCGCCAAGCGGCCUAGCCGUGUUCCGCCACGAUGAUCGGUGACGCUGUAUGAGAGGAUGGGACGAGAUAUUUGUUCCACUAUGGGCAGACCAGUCUGGCGUGCGCUGGUGUGGCUUCAUCAGGUGGACAGUCGUGGAGGGUAGCGGGAUCUGAGGCACGGUGCACCGCUGGCCGACCGCAGAUAGUUGAGGGCUCAAUUAGCGUGCUAGCCACAAGUGAAAGGCUCGCCAUCUAGCGAAAAAUACCAUGGAUACGCCAUCGUGCCGGUUGGCGACCGGACGAAAGGGCCUGAUGGAUAUACAUGGGGAGGCCCGGGUGUCCCCGCAGUCUCCAAGACUGGCCUCUCAAGUUGCCUGUGUGGGGGAACAUUUCACUACCAUUCUCUCAGCAACUUAUUUACAAAUAUGAAAACAAGAGCAAAGAAAAGGGUUCAACAGCGUCUGCACUCCCUCUCCCUUAAAGUGCACCUCUCAAACAUCCGAGGCUUGCACUCUAAUAUCAACGCGGUCCAUCACCACCUUGAGACCGAGAACCCUACACUCUUAUUUCUCUCGGAGACCCAGAUCAGAUGUCCGUCCGACGUAUCUUACUUAAACUACCCAGGUUUUACUCUGAAGCACAAUCUCUCAGCAACCUUCUACUCUAUUAUGAAAGCAAGAGCAAUGAAAAGGGUUCAACAGCGGCUGCACUCCCUCUCCCUUAAAGUGCACCUCUCAAACAUUCGAGGCUUGCACUCUAAUAUCAACACGGUCCAUCACCAUCUUGAGACCGAAAACCUUACGCUCUUAUUUCUCUCGGAGACCCAGAUCAGAUGUCCGUCCUAUGUAUCUUACUUAAACUACCCAUGUUUUACUCUGAAGCACAAUCUCUCAGCAACCUUCUACUCUAUUAUGAAAGCAAGAGCAAAGAAAAGGGUUCAACAGCGGCUGCACUCCCUCUCCCUCAAAGUACACCUCUCAAACAUUCGAAGCUUGCACUCUAAUAUCAACGCGGUCCAUCACCACCUUGAGACCGAAAACCCUACGCUCUUAUUUCUCUCGGAGACCCAGAUCAGAUGUCCGUCAGACGUAUCUUACUUAAACUACGCAGGUUAUAGUCUGGGGCACAAUUCUUUAAACAAGACAGGUAAAAAAAAAUAUAACACAAUUUCCACUGUUUAAGAUACAAAAAUCCUUCAUGGGGUUAGGUGUUAAA